AGCAACUUUUAUCUAUUAUAAAAAGCCACACAUAUAGUAGCUUUAACAUAUAUCAACAAAAAAUAAAAUUGUAACAUCUGUUUGUGAAAAUUAAUUAAUGGCACACUCCAUGCGUUUCUUUGCUACUAUGCUACUUCUAGCAAUGCUUGUCAUGGCUACGGAGAUGGGACCAAUGAGAAUUGCAGAGGCAAGAACUUGCGAGACGCAGAGCCAUCGUUUCAAGGGGACGUGUUUGAGCGAGAAGAAUUGUGCCUCCGUCUGUCAGACCGAAGGGUUUUCCGGUGGUGACUGUCGUGGACUCCGUCGCCGUUGCUUCUGCACUAGGCCAUGUUAAUUAAGAGUAUUAUUAUUCAUGAUAUGUAAGGAAAAAGUUUGAGAGAAAGUACUCAUGAAUAAAGCACACUAUGAUUGUUCAAAGAUGUAUUGUGCUAGUUUUUGUUUGUAAAACUAGUUGUGAUCUUUGAAUUGUAUGCAAUUAUGGUGCACUAGAGUUCUCUUAAUUCUU